CGCCCGCCCGCUCGUCCGGCGCGUCCUCGGCGGAGACCGCGCGGCAGAGCGGACCGAGCGCCUCGGUGCCGGCAGGUUCUCAGCGCAGGUUCUAAGAUGGUGGGAUUGGGGAACGGGCGUCGCAGCAUGAAGUCUCCGCCCCUUAUCCUGGCCGCCCUGGUGGCCUGCGUCAUCGUUCUGGGCUUCAACUACUGGAUUGCUAGCUCCAGAAGCGUGGAACUCCAGACACGCAUUGUGGAGCUGGAAGGCCGGGUCCGCAGGGCGGCUGCGGAGAGAGGUGCCGUGGAGUUGAAGAAGAACGAGUUCCAGGGCGAGCUGCAGAAGCAGCGGGAACAACUCGACAGGAUCCAGUCUAGCCACAGCUUCCAGCUGGAGAGCGUCCACAAGUUACACCAGGACGAGAAGGCGAUUUUAGUGAAUAACAUCACCGCAGGGGAGAAGCUCAUUCGAGACCUGCAAGACCAGUUGAAGGCGCUGCAGAAGAGUUACGGCAGGCUGCAGCAGGACAUCUUCCAGUUCCAGAAGAACCAGACCAGCCUGGAGAAGUUCUCCUAUGACCUGAGCCAGUGUAUCAAUCAGAUGAAAGAGGUGAAGGAACAGUGUGAAGAGCGGAUAGAAGAGGUCACCAGAAAGCAAAAAGAAGCGUUGGCUUCCAGAGAUGUGGGUGGCACAAACGGCCAACACCAGCAGGCCCUCAAGCCUCAGCCCAGGCUUCAGGAAGUAGUCCCAUCAAAAGAACAGAUGUCACAAGAGAAUGGGGACAUGCCCAGAAACAAGUCCCAGAUACCAGCCCCCAAUUCAGAGGGGUGGGGUUUGAAGGCUCACGUACACAAUGAGGAAACCAAUGAGAUUCAGGUUGUCAGUGAGGAGCAUGGUCUGCAGCCGACGAAGGCAUCUGUCCAAGGGCAGGCGGCGGUGGAUGGCGCACGUGUGAGAGCCGAGAAACUUGAUCAGCACACACAGGCGCCAGUGGCCCUGUUGGCCAGGCCCGAGGAUUCCCAGAACCCUGAGCGAGAGCAGCUUGUCAUCCGUGAUGGACAGGAGCAGCCACGCGCUGCAGAGGAAGGCAGAGGCCAGCAGAACGUCGGAGAGGAAUAUGACCUGGAUGAAAAUGAAGCAGAGUCUGAGAGGGAGAAGCAGGCAGCCCUGGCAGGGAAUGACAGAAAUAUAAAUGUUCUUAACGCUGCAGCUCUGAAGAGAGGCAUCAUAAAUGUACCCGAUGGAAGUGAAGAGCAGAACCACAUUCUAAAUCCAGUAGGCGUUCAUAUUCCUCAGCAAGCCUGAAGAGCGAUCCUACGGAGACUCACCCGUGACUCGACUGUGAAAUGUACCAAGUGAACCGAACAUCGGCCAGUGAUUACUGUGGGGUUUAAUCACUACAUUUUAGCAAAGAAAAAAAUGGGACCAUCUCAGACAGUUUGGAGGUACUUUUAAAGUGUCUACAAGAGAUGUCAAAUUGGUCAAGCUUUCUUGAUUAACAGAUAUUUCUUGAGCAGGGCAACACCAAAAAGAACAGAGGUUGUCCUGUGUAGGCAGCAGCACCUCGUCAUCCUGCAGUGUAGGACAGAGUAGACUGAGGGCAGCUGCUGGCCACGGCCACUCCCUUCUCAGCUGCUGCUUGCCAGUUUCUGUCCACAGGUACUAAGCAGCCCAUCACUCCUGCACACACUUGAUUCCACCGUCAAUGGCAUAGAGCUUUGUCAGCAUAACACUGCUGGUCAGUUCUAUACAAGCCUUAACACAAAGCUGUUCUGUGCAAAAAAUACAUUAAUUAAAAGGUAGCCACAACACCUGGCUUACCUCAGAAUUCAGAAGGGUGAGGCAGGAGGCUGCUAUAAGUUCUGAGCCAGCUUAGAGCUAGAAUGAGUUCCGAGCUAGGAUGAGCAAGAAAGGAAGGCCCUGACUCCAGUGUGAGAGUUGUUGCUUUUAAAAGACUGGUUUAAAUAACCUCCUUUCUCCUUUUGAUGUACAGCACACUAUGAAGUUACUCACAACGUGAGCACCUAUGGUCUGUGUGUGUUUGACUGGGCAAAGAGUUUCUAGUAAUCAUUCAUCUCACCGGGAAAGGCAGUGCCUGCAUUGGGCUCUGGACAAAGGCUGCAUGGGCAGGGGUGUACUAGGAAGGGUUGACUGCUGGAGGCUACAGGCUGGAUACCUACAAAGGCAAGAGCAACACAGGAACUCUCUUUUCCCAUGGUUUAUGUACUGUUUGAAAAACACACAAGGUUAAUGUUAACUCUGAAAGACUUGAUGGUAAUGUGUGGUAAGUCCUUGAUUCUGAUCAGUAGGUUCUAAUCAAUUGCAGAUUGACUGCAGUCACACUGAGGACUCCUUCUAGAAACAAUCUUUCUGAAGAAUGGGACAGUUCACAGGCUUGAUCAGACUCAGAAGUGCUGGUUAAACAGGAAGCAGCAGCACUAGAGGCAUAGGGCAGCCUAAUGGGGUGGGCUGUGGAUUCUUGCAGUGCCGUGGAUGCCCGGGUGGUCCAGCUGUUCCCUCCCACUGUGCCUCUUCCUCAGCAUACAUCUACACACCCAUGGCAGGCAUGGGUUGUCUCUCACCUCGAAGCCACCCAGAUCUGCCGUACAACCCCGUGUUUAGAUGGGCACUAAUGUCACAAGCCAUUUUCCUUCACACUCUCACUAACUUGCCAGAGUCUCAGAUGUACUGUUCGUACCAUACACCUUUUCUACUCCUAGGUCCCAAGCUCAAGGGGCCUUUGUACUUUCUAGUGCUUGUUUAAAGUAUAGGUAUUGCUAACAAGCUGUGUUGAUUUCCUUUUUAACAAGUAAAAUAGGUUAAGGACCACAUUCUGCCCUCCGGGUCCUACAAUUCCAGGGCACCUAACCACCAUGCUUCACAGCCUUGGUCAUACUGUCCAGGAAGUAGUCUUCACUAGUAUCUUGAUCAAGUUCAGUCAGGCAUGCUUCAGUGUUUCUAGGAAAUGGAAGGGGGCACAGGAUUGGGUUGGGCAUAGCUCUGUGAAAGCGUCUACCUCGUAUGUGUGAGGCCCUGGCUUGCAUCCUCAGCACCACCAAACAGUGUCACAUUAGAGUUAGGUCACUGAAAUCUUAGGAUCAUUUUUGCUGUAAGCCAAAUGAACUAGUACUAGUCUUAGGCCAAACCACAAAGCCAGAUUGAAUUUCAGGGUGGCUCACACUGCUAAAAAAGGGAAACCCCACAGGCUUAGACAGUUGUCACAGCACCAGUGAAGAGACCAGCAGAGGAAUGAGCAGCAAAUCAAGGAUGGGGGCUCUGGCUGGUGGAUCAAGAACAGAGCCUCAGUGUACUUGAGACUUCAGCUGGAGCAAAGGGACGCACCAUGUUCAAACAAGACUGGAAGCUCGGCAGCCUGCACUCACUCCUACCUGCUGGCGCCAGCAGCAGGCCCUGCAGUGUGAUGUAGGACUACAGGCCCUUACCUCAAAAUCAAUCUGUAAUCUGACCAGAAUCUAAAUUCUUAAUAAAUCUCAUGUUUUGAAACUUCAA